CAACGCCAUGCCAUAAAACAGGUAGUAAAAAUUUUUUGAAUCCCACUACUGAUCCACUCCCUUGCAGAAUCUUUGUAAUUUUAACUUCAACUUUUAAUUUUAAAACAAAAAGGCAAGUGCCUCUGAAAAUUUGAUGACAACAGCUACUGACUUUCAUGUUUUUUUCUUUGAUUGCAAUUGUGGAAAAAUGCAGAAAGUUUGAUCAUCUGAAGAUGGGGAAAUUGGAUUUAUUAAAGCUACAUUUACAGCAUAGCAGUGUUUUAGUUCCCUAAAUACUAAAGUUAUGUUCACAGAAGUUACUGUGUCAAAAAUUUAAGCAGCCAUAGAUUUGUGAAAUUUUUUUCUUAAUGGCUUAAUUCCUUUCAAUUAAACAUAGCAAAAUAAUCACUAGUAUUUGCCUACUGACUGUGACAUUGUGGGGAAAUAUGUUUUUUAAAAAGCUUGAAAAUAAAAUGAACAGUGGAUUUUUAUUUCCACAUAUAAUAUGCUUAGUAUGUUAUUUCACUUGUAUUUCACUUGAAAUGCUAUCAAUUAAUAAUAACCAAUUAAAUAAAAUGAUUUGCCUCUCAAAGCAUACCCGUCUACAAAAUCAGUUGACCCCCCAUCUGCAAGUUUCAGUCAGCCUCUUUCAAAAACAAAUCAGCCACUUUCAAGAAAUGGAAGCUGUUGCAACUAGUGAGAUGAUGGACAAACCUGGAUAAAGAGAAGGCAAGAAGAUGAUGAUAUGAGCUAGUAGGAGUGAAAAGGGAAGGAUAAUAAGGGAACAACUGUACCCAAGCGUCUUGGAGGAUAUAGAAGAACUCCAUGAAACAGAAUAAGCAAGUAUGGAGGAACAAGCGGGGGCGAUAUCUUGGGGAGCAAGUGGUCAGUCAAGUCCUUCCUACGAACCUACAAAGGAAAAUGGCAGCCUUCUUGGAAAAAGCUCAGAUAUUUCAACAGCUCUGGAGAAGCUGAAACAUGAGGAGGGUUUUAUAGAUACUCCCUCUUAUGGUGAUCAGUUGAGUGAUGAACGAUUAGGACCCAGUGAAAGAUUAUCUCCAGCUCCUUUCCUGAAUUCAAAUCUGAUAGGAAAAGCCUCUGAGAGGAGUCCGUUUCCAAUGUUUGGUCGAGAUGCCGGGCUCUCAGGCUGUCAGACAAGUCUGCUUCGGUCUAACGUGGGUGUUGGAAGCCCAGGCCCCCUGGCGGCUUUCUCCGAAAAAACUGGAACACCGUAUUAUCCAUUUUCCUCUGCAAAUCCACGAAAAAGGCCCCUUCGUGACUCAUCUGCCCUUGAUUCUCUGCAGACAAAAAAAGUAAGGAAGGUGCCUCCUGGUUUGCCAUCUUCUGUCUAUGCACCUUCUCCCGAUUCAGAUGACUUUAAUAGAGAAUCUCCAAGUUAUUCAUCUCCUAAACCACCUAGCAGUAUGUUUGCUAGCACUUUCUUGUUACAAGAUGGGACCCAUGUCGCUCCUGAACUUUGGAGCCCCUCCCAUGGAAUGAGACAGUCAGGUCCUGGUGGAAUGCUGGAAAGUCCUUCUCACCUGUCGCCCUCCGGUAGUUACGGCAGCCAACAUCCCCACGAGCGCCAGAGUUGUCCUCCUCAUUCAGCCUCACCAACAGAUGGAAGCCUUCCGCCAAUGUCCAGCUUCCACCGGGGCAGUAGCAGUAACUCACUAUAUGCUGCCGCCACCUCUCAUACUCCACCAGUCAACAGAUCAGAGACCAGUCUGCUUGUUGAGAGAGGGAAUCCUGCUGGAGGUUCACAGACUGGGGAUGCCCUUGGAAAAGCUUUGGCCUCUAUUUAUUCUCCUGACCACACUAGUAGUAGCUUCCCUUCAAAUCCUUCAACACCUGUUGGAUCACCAUCCUCUCUCACAGGUGCUGGUCAAUGGUCAAGAACUGGAGGACAAGCCCCUUCGUCUCCAAGCUAUGAAAACUCUUUACAUUCAUUGAAAAAUCGAGUUGAGCAACAACUUCACGAGCAUUUGCAAGAUGCUAUGUCCUUCUUAAAAGAUGUCUGUGAGCAGUCCCGGAUGGAAGAUCGCCUGGACAGACUUGAUGACGCCAUCAAUGUGCUGAGAAGCCACGCCGUGGGGCCUUCGACGAGCCUGGCCGGGGCCCACGGAGAGAUGGAGGGCUUAUUGCGGCCAUCCCACAGUGGGCCUGUUAGCACUUUGAACGCCACUUACGGCACGCCUGGCCUGGUCAUAGCCAGUAGACAAGCCUGGAUGGUCAACACACAUCGGGAAGAUGGCGUCGGCCUCCAUAGCAAUCAUUCAGAGCUGUGCAACGCUGGUCCUGCUCAGAAUACAGAACUAAGCCAUAAAACCCAAGAAAACUAUAGAGUGCUGCCCACCGGGCUACCCACCUCCUCAGUAGCUCUGGGCCCGCUAGAAAUCAAAUCGGAGCACAAGGAGAAAGAUGAAAACACACAGGAACCUGCGUCCUCCGAUGACAUGAAAUCCGAUGACGAGUCCUCACAGAAGGAUAUCAAAAUCUCCUCCGGAGGCAGGACGAGUAGCACAAACGAAGAUGAGGAGCUGAACCCGGAGCAGAAGCGGGAGCGGGAGCGGGAACGGCGGAUGGCCAACAAUGCCCGGGAGCGCUUGCGUGUCCGGGACAUCAACGAAGCCUUCAAGGAACUGGGCCGGAUGUGCCAGCUGCACCUGAAGACCGAAAAGCCCCAGACCAAGCUGCUGAUCCUUCACCAGGCUGUGGCAGUCAUCCUCAGUCUGGAGCAGCAGGUCCGAGAGAGGAACCUGAACCCCAAAGCAGCUUGUCUUAAGCAGAGGGAAGAAGGAAAGGGGUCUGUUGUGUCAGCAGAGCCCCCAGCCCCCCAUCCAGGAAGCCAUCCAGCACUUAGUGAAACGGCCAAUCCAAUGGGACACAUGUGAACGUCAACGAGGUGACCUGUUUUAUGUCUGCAGCGAUUGGGGGGGGGGGAUGACACGGGUGUUGGUGGGCACGUGGGGUAUGACAAGACCCAGAAACUUGUCAGUUAAACUUUGUUAAGUUGAACUGCGGCAUAACAGAGCCCAGGCUGUGUGUUGGAAUCCUUUGCAAGAUCACCAGCAUGAUGGAUGAAAAGCAGCAGUCGCGCUCAACAAAGUGCAUGGCUUUGGUUGGGGGUGGGUGAGGCUGCGCAGCUCUGGUGCCUCCGCCUAAGAACUGGCUCCACCGGAAGCAGGCCAGAGGCCAGGCCGCUUGGCCUUUCCCAACCCGAACCCGAACCCUUUCCCACGGUGCCCUGCAACUGUUGGUGCUUCAACAAUGGCCUUUCAGUGUGCAGAUCGGAAUCCGGACCCCCACGUGGAAGAGACCAAGAAGGGGGAUCUUUUCUUCACACGGACCCUCAACAUAGCAUUAAGCAGGACCAUCUCACCAGAGAAACAACCCAUCCAGAAGUGGCCCUGUGAGAACCCCCGACCCCUGCGAGAGAGAGAGAGAGAGGAGGGAGAGGG